CACAUGUACUUGCGGCUGUACAUGUUUUUCUUUGGAGGCAAGUUUGUCAGCGCAUGGCAUGUGCAGGCAAGUAUCAAACGAACCAAGUUCUUUGAUCUUAUUGCGACUUGGCGAACAGGUGGCAGUGACGGGGAAGCCGCAUGGCGUACAUGUAGCGGGAGUCACAGAGGUUCUUCUAGAAGCCCGUUGGUUAUUUGACCGAUAGUGGUUAAUUAACCACUGGGGGCGCCUAUUUGGCUCUUCUUCUGAUUGCAACUUGGUUAACAGGUGGCAGUGACGUGGAAGCCGCAUGGCGUACGUGUGGCAGGUGAAUCACACAAGUUCUUCUAGAAGCCCGUUGGUUAAUUGACCGUUAGUGGUUAAUUAACCAAUGGGUGAGCCUAUUAGGAAGGCUGCGAUCACAUCCGUUGAUUGCAAUUGGGACGGUCAAGGAUGGUGCCGGUUCACAUACCCGUUCUGGUGAAAUGAUUGGGUGAAUGGUUACGGCACUGGUUUCUAGGACUCAGCGGAGAUGUGGAAGCAGUUAUGUACAUCAUUACUCGCAAAGAAAAUCAUACAGAUUGCUUAUAUGCCAUUUGUUCUUAGGACUCGGCGGAGAUGUGUAUAACUACAAUAAUUUGUCCGAAACAGGAGCAUAUGGAGCUAGAGAAACUUUACCGUGAGCCAACUGAUCUGUCGUAUUACAAGCAAACACAGUUGGAAACCAUGGCUAGUGAAAAAGCUGCAGCAGAAUUUCAGUUGGAGGAGAUAAAGCGUCUUCAGGAAUCCCAAGUAGAAACAGAAAGGAUCACAGUUUCUCAUCAAGCUUCGCUGUCUUGGGAAGAAGACACUGACAUGAAAGCACUUGAGCCUAUCCCCUCGUAUCGUCGCCAUAUGGUUGGGGCAAGCAUGCAGUUGCAGAAGGCUGCAAAACUACUAGGUUCUGGAGCUGUCAAGGCCACAAGAUUUCUUUGGCGAUUUCCAACUGCCCAACUUCUCCUGCUUUUCUAUUUGGUAUUUGUGCAUCUUUUCUUGAUGGAUCUGCUACAUCGCCUUCAGGAGCAAGCUGAUUCUUUUGAUGCAAGAGAAGUUGCAGUAUCCAUGGGACUUGCCAACCAUACGUUGCCAUGAUAUGUAGCUCCUUUAGGCCCGUUGGCAUACUAUGCUAUUUCUCUAUUUGUGGCUUCUACAACAGUGUUUGAUCUCUAAUUAUGCAUAAGACCAAACCGAGAAUCGUGGGGAUUGAGAAAAAUACUGUUUCUUUCGCUUCCCUUGGUCAUCAUUGUCAUCUUCAUAUGCAUUGCACCACUCUGAUAGAGAAAAAGUAGUGUUAUGGUGAACCAUUGAUGUUGGAAGAGCGCGGUGGUUUAUACAUGAUGCAACUCUUUCUUCAAGCAGCCAUGACGAUUUCAAUUACUCAUGGAUCGUAACUGCACGCACUUCCUAUUAUUUGGACACAUCAGUUUUUGCUUUUGAUAGUGUGGAAAAAUUACCUGGCCCGAAAAAGCUACCGUGCACGCAAACUCAAAUCAGUGAAAAAUGGAAGUGUGACUUUUUCAUUACUUACUGUGCUAUUGAGACGUAUUAGAAAUCCAAGAAUGCCUACCUUGGCAAGGAGAUUCAGUUUUA